GCGGGGACUGCGAGCCUGGGCUGCAGUCGCUGUCGGCGUGUCGGAACGCUGGUGCUACCCCGGCGCGGCGGGAUCCCAGCCAGCGCAGGCAUUCGGAACCCGGGUCUGCGCGCUUAGCUUUCCCUACCUGAUGUCACCGCCCGGCUGCUGAUCUCCUCGACCCGCUGAUCCCGCUCGGAUGUGAGGCGGUGGAGGUUCCCGUAGAGGCAGGAAGCCUUCGCAAAGACGGAAUGGAGGUGAAUUGUUUAACACUAAAAGACCUGAUCAACCCCAGGCAGCCCAGACUAGAUUUUGCAACUGAAGAUGGGGAAAAUGCACAAAAGGAAAAUAUAUUUGUUGAUCCAUCAAGGAUGGCCCCAAAGACUCCAAUCAAAAAUGAACCGAUUGACUUAUCGAAGCAAAAAAUCUUCACUCCAGAAAGGAAUCCCAUUACUCCAGUGAAGCUUGUCGACAGACAUCAGGCAGAACCAUGGACGCCCACAGCUAACCUGAAGAUGCUCAUCAGUGCUGCAAGCCCAGACAUAAGAGACCGGGAGAAGAAAAAGGGACUGUUCAGACCCAUUGAGAACAAGGAUAACGCGUUUACAGACUCUCUGCAGCUUGAUGUUGGGGACACUGCUAUGGACGUAUUUCAAAAGCGAAGGCCAAGCAGAAAACAGAAAAGUUUAGGACUCCUGUGCCAGAAGUUUCUAGCUCGCUAUCCAAGUUAUCCCUUGUCAACUGAGAAAACUACCAUCUCCCUAGAUGAAGUUGCUGUCAGUCUUGGCGUUGAAAGGAGACGCAUCUAUGACAUUGUAAAUGUGCUGGAAUCGCUGCAUCUGGUCAGCCGGGUGGCCAAAAAUCAGUAUGGCUGGCACGGACGGCAUAGCCUGCCAAAAACCCUGAGGACCCUCCAGAGACUUGGAGAGAAGCAGAAAUAUGAAGAGCAAAUGGCACACCUCCAACAGAGAGAGUUAGACCUGGUGGAUUACAAAUUUGGAGACCGUAAAAAAGAUGGCUAUCCAGAUCCCCAGUUACUGGAUUUCUCUGAGCUCGACUAUCCCUCUUCAUCUGCAAACAGUAGAAAAGACAAGUCUCUCAGAAUCAUGAGCCAGAAAUUCGUCAUGCUGUUCCUUGUCUCUAAAACCAAGAUUGUUACUCUUGAUGUGGCUGCCAAAAUACUGAUAGAAGAAAGCCAAGAUACACCGGACCACAGUAAAUUUAAAACAAAGGUACGACGCCUCUAUGAUAUAGCCAAUGUUCUGACCAGCUUGGCUCUGAUUGAGAAGGUGCACGUAACAGAAGAGCGAGGCCGUAAACCAGCCUUCAAAUGGAUCGGGCCUGUGGACUUCAGCUCCAGUGAUGAAGAACUAGUGGAUGUUUCUGCAUCUGUCUUACCAGAAUUUAAAAGAGAAACACGUGACCAGAUUCAAGUCUGUGCAAUAGAGAAGCUGGCUCGACACGGUUCUUUCAACAGAGUUCAGGCUUCUGAGAGGAUUCAGAGGAAAGUGGACUCAGAACCCAGCAGCCCCUCCAGAGAAGAACGAGGUGGCUUCUCCUUAGAAUUCGGAAGUCUGGCAGCUAUUUACCAACAGAAAAUAGAAGACAAUUCACAGGAGAAAGGCUUUGAGAGUAACAGUGUGAUGCCUCCGUCAAGCAGCCUGGACCCCGCUGCUCCUUUCCCCAUCCGCUCUGACUCAGAAUAUUGUGUUAAUCCGUUAGCCCACCAAGCAUUCUCUAUGCCACAAACAGACUUGCAGACCCUCUCCAUACACAGUGGUCUGAAUGGACAAGGAGGUGUCUCACUUGCAGCCCCCGACGUGGAGAGUCUGAAGCCAGCCCCACUGGCCAGCCAGCCCUUAUUGUACGUGCCCUCCACCUCGCUGUUCAUGCUGUGUGGGAGCCUGCCCGAGGGACCGUCCCCAGGGUCAGAGAAGGACAGCAGAAGCUCAGACGUCUCAGCAGCAGCAGAGCAGUCGUCCACACCCUCAGUUCAGAAGCGCCUCAGUGAAGAGAGAAAACCUCAGGGGGAGGAGGAGCCAGCCACUAAAAGACAAAGUAGGGACUACGAAGAUGGCCCUCUGUCCCUAGUCAUGCCCAAGAAACCGUCAGAUUCCACAGACAUUGCCUCUCCCAAGACCCUGAAUAACAGGGGAUCUGUGCCCCUCGAAGACAUACACUUGAAUGGCCAACUGUGUGCUGCAAAGGAAUGUUCAGGGAAGACUACAGCAAAUGGCUUUGUUUCUUCUGAGUGGGGAAAUCCUUCAAGAAGUACAGAGGUUGAAAAGCCUUCCAAAGACAACGAAGGCACCAAACAGCCGUCUUUGUUGCAGUAUCUUUAUGUGCAGUCACCGACUGGAUUAAAUGGUUUCAAUGUGCUCUUAUCUGGCAGUCAGACUCCCCAUGCAGUGGGGCCACCUUCAGGUCAGCUGCCAUCCCUCAGCGUUCCUUGCAUGGUCUUACCAUCGUCAGCACUGGGCCCAUUUCCUAUUCUCUACUCUCCCACAAUGGCUGGGCCAGUUUCCUCUGCUCCUGGCACUCUCCCAAACACAGGACCAGUGAAUUUUGGCUUGCCUGGCUUCGGAUCAAUGGCUCAUCUUCUCAUCAGCCCUGCAGCCAUGGUUAAUCCAAAAUCGUCGACACUCCCUUCCACAGACCCUCAGCUUCAGGGUCCAUGCUCACUUCACCUGAGUCCGGUGAUGUCAAGAUCACACAAUGUCAGCCAGCCGGAAUCGCCCAUUUAUGGAGGACCUCCAGUCUCUGUGGUAAAAGUACAACAGUCCUCGGCUCCAGUGACCCCCAAGAAUAUCCAACACACUCGCUGUGAGACAUUCUUCAAGACACCUGGUAGCCUCGGAGACCCUGUCCUUAGAAGAGAAAGCAAACAGUCUCGAAACACCAGCUCAGCACAGAGGAGACUUGAAAUAUCCAGCAGCGGGGCUGACUAACCUGAUGCUUUGCCAGACGGGGGUGGCAUCAACCCACUUGAAUUUCCCUGUGUUACAGGUCAUGUCCUAAUGCUGAGCAGAAAGCAGAAUGCAAACUGUCGGUUCUUCAGCGUGCAUCCUUCCUCUCUUUCAUCCACGGGUUCUAAUGUUAAUUUCCCAUCAUCCUGAAUCAUCGUCCAUUGUCCUAAAAGUAAUUGUUAUUAAUUGUGCAUUUAAUACCAGUUAGUGUCUAGACUCUGUGCCUGGUGUCACAGUGAAAGCACCGACUGACUUGUGGUUUUGCUUCAAGAAUCAUCUUAUUGCUGGAAGCACAUCUGAACAGGCUGCUGGAGCCUUGUGGUCUUUCUGAAGGUGGGGCCUGUCUAGCACUUAACUAGAGGGAGCAUUCUUGACAUGUAUUUCCACUCGCCCCGAGUAGAUCUGUGGUGAGAGAAACUUCCUUUCUGCAGUUCAAAAAAAUCUCCUGCUUCUUUAGACUUCACCAGGAAGCGAACUUCAGUUGUGAAUCCUAUGGUUUUAUUUAUUUUGUUCCUGAAAUGGGAUUUAGUGCAAAAAGUUUACAACUGCAGCAAAACAUGCUUUUCAGGGUAUGACGUCUUGAAUGUUUGUACUUUUUCCCUAUAAUUUGCCCUGCACUUACUUUGCAACCUAGUAAUAAUGUGGGUGAAUGUAUAUACAUGACAGAAUGUCAAGACCAAAAUAACUGUGAAUGACACACCUUGCUGUAAAUGAACUGUGCUAACCCUAUCUGGGCAUGAGAACUAAGAUGAACUCUAGCAGCUUAAUAGCUGCCUCUCAAAUAACGGUAGACAAAAAACUCCUACCAUGCUCAGUUGCCUUCACUACAUGCCCCUGUGGUUUUUAUUUAAAUGUUAACUGUAGAGUAUAGGUAUGGAUGCCUUCUAACAAUUGCUGUUUAUUGAAUAAAUCAGGAUAGAAAAUAAUUAUAUGGAAAAUUGGAACCUGGAUGGGACCUUUUGGUAGAAUUCUGAGGAGUUAAUGUUGAAAUUGAUAAGAGGGCGAGAGGUGAUUAUUUUUUCUUUCACUUCUUUUCUUCAUGUUUGCAAGGGUAAGAGAGAAAAUGGAUACAUUAUGUUCAGUAUCCAAGGGUAUUCAAACCAUAGUUAUUUUUCAGAGUACUUCUGAAAAAUAAGAAUGGUGAAGGCAAGGGUUUAUUGUUCUAGCAUGAAUACAAUUCUGGAAACUUAUGCAAUCUCCCUUUGUGAGACCAUAUUACUUUAGGGUAUCAGUAAGUAAUCAAUCUAAAUUUAUUGGUAUUUACUUCACUCCUGUCUCCUCAGAAUAAAUGGCCUUCUCCCUCCCUCCCUUCCUUUCUUUAUUCCUUUCUCUUUUUAAAAAUUUCUAUCUUAGAUUUAGAAUCUUGAUGUAGGGUUUUAUUUUAUUUUUAUUUUUGGACCCAAUAAAAUGUUAUAUGAAAGAAUAAAAAUAUUAAUUUAAGAGGCUCUGGGAGUCUGAGUAAAGUAGCUUUAUAUUAACUACAGGAUAAUAUUAGCCUUAUUACCCCCACAAGAUUUUUUUAAAACUUGAGGUAGAUAGCUAGAUUAAAUAAAUUUGCUAUUAUAUAAAAUUUUUAUCAACACUAAACUUUUAAAGUUUACAAGAUUUUUUUUCCCUUUUAUCACAAUCUUCUCUAGAGUUAAACAGAUAAAAAAUGUGAUUCAGUCAUCAAUAAUUGCAUGGUAACCUUGAAUACAAUGGGUUCCCUAGCGAAACAAAUAAAAAUAUGCCCUUUUCAGGUAGAUCACAGGACACGCAGCAUAUAAACCUCCACAGGGUGCACGCAUUUUAAAUAUACCAUGUUUAAGACCUUCCACAAAAUGUUUUCAUUUGAGAGGUCUACAUUCAAAUGAAAACAAACUGAUAUUCUCCUCAUUGUCCUUGAUCCAUUUCACUUUAACUCGUUUGCUUUGUUUUUAAAAAUUCUGUUCAAGAUAGAAAAUUCACAAUUCUUGAACGGUGUUAGGAAGUAACCCCAUAAAUGAGAAUAUUAUGAUGUAGCAAUAGAAAACUAAGAACAAAUUCCUUUUCCAUUAUAUCUAGUACCCGCUUCUUAAUGUGGUUGUAUGAUGUGUAAAAGUAAGAACACAGUAGUUGUUUCCAUCAGGAUAACGAAUCUGUUUCUUACAGAGCAACUGAAUGAGACUUGGCUAUUUGGGUAGCGACAUAGCAGUGGCAAUCUUGAGUCUAUCAUUGUAUAACUUAGUAAUAUUAAAACAUGAUGGUUGGUGAUCCUGCUAAGGAAAUGCAGCUUGGAGUUGGCACUGAGGAAGGUGUGUGCCCUACACUGUCCAGGGUUUGUGAAACCCUUUUAUUCUGGUACAAGAGUUGGGGGUAUAUAACUUUUAUACUUGAAUCUGCUUACCAAGUUUACAUUUCUCGAUUCCUUUUCGUAAGGUGCUAUUUCUGUGUUUAAGUAACUGUCUUUUGGUGUUUUUUUUUUCAGUGUAAAGCUGCUUUCUACUUAUCUUAUUGCACUGCUAGUUUUAUGUAGGUAUUAAUUUUAUUGCUGCUUACUGCUUUUGUUUUCACAUUUAGUUCUGCUCUUUUUUUCCAAUGGCUAUAUUAUCUAUAGCUGUCUUGUAGCUUUACUAUAUGUAAACUUUUUUAUUUCUUUUAGAAAAAUAUUAAGCUUUAUAAAAUAGCAAUAAAAAUUAAAUUCAUUUAAUAAGAGAUGUUGGUUGAUGGUGGAUUGGUGUGUGUGUGUUAUUUUCAGGAAAACCAUUCAUAGUUGCUGCAUAAACCCAAGUCAGAUCUUUUUGCUGAGACUUUCCAGUGGUUCUCCAACACCAAAACUUACUGAGUCAGAAUUGCAUGAGAGCUGGGGAGAACUGAGGGACUAACUAUGCUACUGGGCUUUAGAAUUCUGAAUUAGAAUCUGGAGGUGGGCCGGCCCGGUGGCUCAGGCGGUGAGAGCUCCAUGCUCCUAACUCCGAAGGCUGCCAGUUCGA